AUGGAAUGCUUUCGAAUCCUAAAAGUCGCCGUGCGACGUGUUAAAACCUUCAUGAAGAUCGUCAAAAUCAAAGUAAUCGUGCAAGAUGUCAACGACUUUCAGCCAGAGUUUCCCGAACAGGAAGUCGACAUACAGUUUUCAGAAGACGACAGAAAAGGAGCCAGGAGAUCGAUCCCCAACGCUAUUGACAAAGACGUAGGUAUCGUCAAUUCGCAGAUUACAUAUCAACUAAAGAAAAACAUCGACGAACCGUUUGUUCUGUCGGUUUCAAAAAGCGUGGACGGCACAUCCAAACUCAGUAUAGCAUUUGAAGAGACCUUAGAUCGUGAAGUGAAAGAUUCAUAUAUGGUUCAAGUGAUCGCCAAAGACGGAGGCUCUCCACCGAAACAAAGCAUUUUAGACGUACACAUAUCUGUCACAGACGUUAACGAUAACGCACCCAUCUUUUCCCGUAAUGUCUACAAUGUGUCUAUUAAGUACGAACACAACGUUGCCACACCUGUAACCAUUUUGUCUGCCAAAGAUCUGGAUUCCGGGAGAAACGGUAAAGUCUCUUACCAUUUCAGUGCCAGGACAUCAGAGGUUGCCAAGAACACUUUCAGAUUAAAUGACAAAACUGGGGAGGUAUUUCUCUAUAAAAAAUUCAUUUCUGGACAAAAGCCAAUGUACAAAUUGUACGUAGAAGCAACAGACGGAGGCGAGCCACCUCUUAGCUCUAUUGUAAUGGUUCUGAUAAACGUGGUCAAUGAACAAAAUAACGCUCCGAUCAUUGAUGUAAACUUCUUUUCUGCAUCAAUUGAGAACACUGCUACGGUUUCUGAGGAUGUUGACGUUGGCAGUUUCAUAGCAUAUGUGAUGGUCACUGAUGAUGAUUUUGGGCCGAACGGAGAAGUCACUUGUUACCUCAACCAUGAUAUGUUCCAACUACAAAGCCUUGGUCCAAAGGAAUACAAGAUAACAGUGGACAAUUCGCUGGACAGAGAAAUAGAAGACCACCACGAUAUUACAAUUAGCUGCCAGGACAAAGGUUCCCCGCCCUUACAUAGGGAAAGCAAAUUUUCUAUUCAUGUGAUGGAUGUCAAUGAUGUACGGCCGCAAUUUUCAAAAGAGACUUGUAAAUUCUGGAUACGCGAAAAUGAGAAGCCUAAUUUUCCAGUAGGUAUCAUAAAUGCAAGUGAUCCUGAUCUUGGCCCUGGUGGUCAGCUAACCUAUUCGUUAUUGACAAACUACAAGCAGUUUCUGCCUUUUCAGAUUACAGACAAUGGAUUAAUUUCUACGGUUAUAUCUUUGGAUCACGAAUUCCAAGAUGUUUACGAAUUUCGAGUAUUGGUAAAAGACAACGGGAUACCAUCUUUAAACAACACAAUGUACGUGAGUGUUGAAAUCAGAGAUGAAAAUGACAAUGCUCCAUAUUUUACAUUCCCCAAUGUUAACCCCUUCCUUUUAGAUAUUAUCUAUUAUCCAGACUAUACGAACAAUAUCACGGUAUUGCGUGCCUCCGACAGUGACAGUCGAGAGAACGCUUUUUUGAAAUAUGAAAUAACCUCAGGCAACGACAAACAACUUUUCACUAUCAACCAUUACACUGGACUUUUGUCGUUCAGUCGUCUAGUCACCCAACAAGACGCAGGGUCAUACGACCUGGAAUUUGUCGUUAAGGAUAGCGGAACACCAGUGCAAUCUGCUACGACUACUUUGUCUCUAACCCUCACGGUCAGCAAUAAGACAUUCGAAAUGCUGAAUUCUGUUCGAAAAAAGUCUAACGACAAUAUACACCUCUACCUCUUAGUUGCAAUAGUCGUGGUGUCUGUGACUGUAUCUGUGGCCAUCACGGCUGCUAUGUCGAUAUGUAUCCUUCGUUACAAUGGACGCCGAAAUGCGUCGCACCGUAACGAAGUAAAUACGCCAUGCAAAUGCGUCACGGAACAUGGGAACUACACAUGUUCCUCCCAGCAGUCAAAUUAUUGGCCUGAUGCAUCAGUUGCCCUCUCGACGGACACAGAAAUUACGAAAACUCAUUCUGGGAGGUCUCGAAGAGAGCUGAAUCCUGACGACGAAUUAAGGAGUGGACAGAAGGCUCUAGACGGCGUAUAUCAGGAAAAUGUCUCCACUCUCUCACUCACUCUUUCACUCACUCACUCACUCUCACUCUCACUCUCUCUCUCUCUCUCUCUCUCUCUCUCUCUCUCUCUCUUUCUAUCGCUUCCAGCUUACAUUCCAUUUGGGCUCAGAAUUCACAUUAACCACCUCAUGGUCUCAAUGUCACAAUCUACCUAA